AAGAUUGAAAUCGACCUUUCUGCCCAUCGAAUGUCGAGGCGGAAGAGGUGUGCUCUUGCAGGGAAGCAAGGUUUUAGGGAAAUGGCCAGAGGUGAAACUGCAGUGUGACAAGCUGUGCUAGUAUGGGAAACAGCAGCAGUGAAAGGGCCAGUGGGGGUCAGGGUGACAGGCCAUAUCCGCGAGAUGGACAAGGUGCCAAGGAUGCAACGGGCGCGAAGAUUCUGAUGGACAGCAUUGAGGAUGGCGACAUUUUUCACAGAGACGAUGCAAAGGCUCCACAAGAGAUCCAAGAGUUUCUGGCAUGGCAAAGAGACCUGGAGAGUGACAGUAAGAACACUGCUCAGGCCAGGCCCACAGUUUUCCGCUGGACUGGGGCUGGCAAGGAGAUCUUUGUGUCGGGGUCGUUCAACAACUGGGCCACCAAGAUCCCGCUGAACAAAAGUCAGAACAACUUUGUAGCCAUUAUGGACCUUCCAGAGGGGGAGCACCAGUAUAAGUUUUGUGUCGACGGUCAGUGGACUUUAGAUCCAACAGGGGCUGUGAUCACAACCAAGACGGGCACUGUAAAUAAUGUCAUCCAAGUGAAGAGGACUGACUUUGAGGUCUUUGAUGCCCUCAUGAUAGAUUCAAAAGCAUGCGCUGACACUUCAGACCUUUCCAGUUCCCCUCCAGGGCCCUACCAUCAAGAUUCCUACGCCACCAAGACUGAGGACAAACUCUUGAACCCCCCCAUCCUGCCACCUCACCUGCUGCAAGUGCUCCUCAACAAGCACACUGGCGUGUCGUGUGACCCGGCCCUGCUGCCAGAACCAAACCAUGUGAUGCUCAACCACCUGUAUGCCCUCUCCAUUAAGGAUGGGGUAAUGGUCCUUAGUGCUACCCAUCGCUACAAAAAGAAAUAUGUCACCACUCUACUGUACAAGCCAAUAUAGUACCAACAACUACAACAGCCUCAUACCUAGUAAUGUGUUCAAUUUUACAUGUGUGUAAUUAUGCUACUCUUGUAUGAUUUUGCUUUUUAUACCAAUGAUUAAACUUUUCCUUGAAAGAACAAUCUGAA